GGAACGCUCGAUUUGACAAGUUGCGAGCUGCUGCAGAAAAUGGUAGCAUUGUACCACCAGUAGAUCUACGUUACUUGAAGAAGGGUCAGCCCGUGCAAGAUCGCCAUGGCGAUUGUGCUCGAGGAAGAAUUGUAUCAUUCUUGGAAAGUGUUUACCAUGGGCAGGCAGAGACCCUUCCAGAUGUCCGUGACAACAUUGUGGACGUGGACAUGAAGGUGAUAGAUGUUCAGGUGGUUGCAGAUCCGUACGUUGACGCAUUGAAUGCAGCCAAUCCAGCUACAGAGCUUCCUUCCAAGAAGGAAGGCAGAAAACAGCAUCAGAGAUUGAAGAACAAAUCAGUCCAGGUGAACACGGAUCGUUCCCAAUUUGAAGAGCGAUUUCUGCCACCUGGCACUAUGAUGGAUUAUUAUGAGCUGAUGAAAGCAGCCGAACCAGAUCUCCCUCCAGUAAGCUUCAGCAGCUUUUGGAGGACGUGGAAAUCGGAGUUCACACACUUAAAGUUUAGAGCAGCUUCAUCACACGCGGUUUGCGCUAUAUGCCUCAAACACAAGAUGUGGAUACAAGAGAUGAGCGGGCACGCUCGUGCGCGUACCAAGCAACGCGAGUUGUACUCCAAGCAUUUGCAGAGCCAAUAUAUGGAUCGGGUCGAAUACUGGACCCUCAGAUCAUCGGCGCGUUUAAGGACCUCCCUCGUGGUGAUGAUGAUUGACAGCUGUGAUCAAGCAAAAUUUUGCUACCCCAGGGGCAUGGUCUACCAAUCGAAAGAGUUGGCGUCUUUGAUCCGACCGAGGGCCCACAUCACGGCCAUCCUGGUCCACGGGAGGGUGCCUCUGGGUUUGCCAAAUGCCAUUGCGCCUCGCAAUCCCAUCCCAGCGGACUACAAGGAUCACAUUCUCAAGUUCAUCCCUUCCUUGGAGCAGUACAAGCUUUACAGAGCAGCGGAGCAUUUGAAAUCUUGGGUGCUGGAUCAGCUUGUCUUGCAGCCGCUCCUUGAUGUUUCCGCGCUGACCCGUGGAAAGGACACCCGCAAGGACGCCCAAGCCUACGUUGCCAGGGCGAGAGAGUCGAUCACUUUGAAAGCAGCUGCAACAGCAUGGGCUCACGGAGUGCCUUGGGGUGAAGCCUUGGAUAUCGCCACGAGGACACUGGCAAAGGCUUCCCCCAAGCCAAAGGCGCUUCCAAAGCGGGGACCUAGGAGGAGAUGA